UACUACUUAAAAAUCAUUUCAUCUUUGUUUAUGUGAUCAAGGUAUGAUUACGCUUGCUUAAAGAUGACAGAAUUUCAUCUUGUUUCUUUGCUUACUCGCUUAGUAAAUAAAUAUUAAUAAAAAUAAAAAGGAACAUUUUGCACGAAGAAACGGCUAUUUUAUGAGCAUUUGUAAAUCAUGACACUCGAAGGAAAAGUUGCCCUUGUGACUGGCGGUGGACGAGGAAUUGGAAGAGCGUACUGCUUGGCAUUGUUGAAUGAAGGAACAAAAGUUUGUAUUUGUGAUUUAAAUGAGGAUACAUCCACGGAAUUAAUAAAAAAUCUGCCUACAAAUUUACAGGCAAACAUAUUUUUCAAAAAAGCUGAUGUUACUGAUAACAAUGACUUCAAAGAUGCUUUUGACAAAACCAUAGACAGAUUUGGAAGAAUAGAUAUAGUGGUUAAUAAUGCUGGCGUGGCUGGGGAAAAUACUUGGAGAAAAACUAUUGAUGUCAAUUUUAUUGGAGUAUUGCAUGGUAUUAAACUUGGUUUACAGUAUUUGAGCCUCGAAAAUGGAGGUUUAGGUGGCUUUAUAAUAAAUACUGCAUCUGUAGCUGGUCUUUCUGGAUGCCCAGUUGGUCCUGUUUACAGUGCAACUAAGUAUGCCGUAGUUGGACUUACGAAGAGUUAUGGUUCGGAUUAUCAUUUCAACAAAACUGGAGUUAAAGUGAACGCCAUUUGCCCCGGUGCUGUUGAUACAGCUUUGCUUCGGAAUUUUGCUUCGAGCUGUGUUGAUGAAGAAGAAGGAAUAGCAGUUGUGAAGAGGCAGUCUUAUACAGAGUUAGAAAAUAUUGGACAAGCUUUGAUAAAAGUGUUGAAGGAUAACAAAAAUGGAAGUCUCCUACGAAUAGAAAGUGCUGGCAUGGGAUACGUCUGAAAAUUACUUACGUUUUGAAUUUUUAUAUUAUGUUAGUAAACUGAUUUUUUUUACUAAAGAUGUGUAUUGAAACAAUAUAAUGGAUGGUUUCCCAA